AUGGCACCGCACCAGACCGCACCGCAUUUUAUUUUCCUCGAGCUGCGCCCUGCCCUCUCUUCUCGCCCCAUUGCUUAUGUACCUGCUUCGACUUGCUGGUCUCGCUGUGCCCGUUUCAUACAAGUAAUUGCACACUCCCUCCAUCGUCGCUCGUCUACCCUACCCGUCAACCAGCGGCGUCUGUCGGAUAGCCUCGCUUCGUCGCUUGUUCCAGCAGAUCCCAAUUCCAACAAUGUCCAGUCAAGAAUACUACCAAGGUGGCAACCAGGGUGGCUAUCCCCAGCAUCCGCAACCCAGCUACGGCCCUCCCCAGGGUCAGUAUGGUCCUCCUCAAGGUCAAUACUACGGGCCCCCUCAGGGCCAGCAGCCCAUGCAGUAUCAGCAAGCUCCCCCCCCUCAGGAUUCUCGCGGUCGACGUGGUGGCAGCAACAACUGCUUGAUGGCCUGUCUUGCCGCCCUUUGCUGCUGCUGUGCUGUCGAAGAAGGCUGCGAGUGCUGCAUCGACUGCUGCGAAUGCCUGCUUUAAGCUCAUUACGUUCAAAAAUGGCAAGAAAAAAAAAAUGGCCAGCAAGCCAUCUCGCUCCGAAUUCAUCACAGCCAGGCGACUUUUACUCCUUCACAUCCAGCCUUCCCCCCGGGACGGACCUUGUUCAACAGUCCACUACCGAAGCAUCCCUUAUAUCGCAUAUCUCACCCCAACAGUAUACCAUAGAAUCCCAAUACCCGAGCAGUGUAUUCUUCGUACGAGCGGGAUUUCUCCACGAAAAUGACAGCUUCAAACUCGCGCCGAAAGACUAG